GCGGCAACAACAAAAAACAUAAAAAGAUUCAUAUUUGUGUUUUUGUGUGUUUGUGUGUGCUUUUUUUUCUCACAUAACAUUUUGUUUACCAUCCAUAUUGGUUUGUUUGUUUCCCGAUUUCACAAUAAUAAUAUAUAUUUGACAUUUUUCUGAUGAUACAACAAACAUAGCCAUCAUCCGAAUCAUUGCAUUAUUGGUGGUCGUUGUGAAUUUAGCAAUUAAAAACAAUUUAAGAAUUUUUGUUUUAAAAAGAAUUGUCCAUCUUUCAUCAUCAACAAUAAAAUAACUAAUAGUGACCUUAAUGACUAGUGUUAUUUUUUUUCAUAUCCGAUAAUAUUCAAAUCCGUCGUCGAUGUAAACAACAAACGUUCUUCCUGUACUGAAAAUUGAACAACAACAACAACAACAGUCAUUUUUCUUUCAAACAGUUUUUUUUCCCGCAACCAUUCAUCCACCCACCCAUAUCCACCCUGCUUCCCCUCUCCAAAAAAAUAAAAUUUUUUUUUUUUUUUGAAAAACAUUACAAUGGCCAAUAAUUUAACAACAUUGGAAGAAAAUAAAGAAAUGGAUUCAUCAAAAAUUUUGGCUGAAGCAUGUGCUGCAGCAGCCGCAGCUGUCGGUGCACAAUCGACAAAUUCACCUACAACCAGUGCACAUCCACCAAUACCAGUGCCAACAAAAACUCUUUCAUUCAAAGUAAAUGAUCAGAUUGGUGAUGUUCAAGUCCAUAUUCAAGGUGAAUUGGACGAAAAGAAGGCAAUUUUUUUGACUGUACACGAUAUCGGAUUCAAUCACAGAUCAAUGAAAGAUUUUGUCGAUCUUGAUUGCCUAUCGGAAAUUCGUAUGCGUUCUGUGUUCAUUCAUGUUGAUGUACCGGGACAAGAAGAUGAUGCAAAAGAUUUGGAACAUUUUCCCACUAUUCAACAAAUAGGCGAAGAAGUGCUUCUUAAAGUGCUCGAUGAAUUGAAAAUACAAUUGUGUGUUGGCAUCGGUGAUGGUGCCGGUGCCAAUAUAUUGGCCCGUUUUGGACUUGCUCAUCCUGAACGUAUACUUGGCUUGGUACUUAUCAACCUCGUUUCAUUGGGCGUUGGAUUCUUAGAAUCUAUAAAGGAGAAAUUCUUUUCCAAACGUCGAAGCUCACAGCAAUUAUGUCCUGAAGAAAUUGUGACCAUGCACAAGCUUGGUAAUACUGCCGGUGAUGGUCUCAAAUAUUUGGUCGAUAAUUACAGUAGCCAUAUUAAGAAGAUCAAUUCGACCAAUCUACAUAGAUUCAUGUCUGCAUAUAUGAAUCGUAAAGAAAUUGUUGAUCUGGGCAAUUUGGAUAUAUUAUUGGUUACUGGUAGUAAAUCACCAUUUGCAGCUGGUGUUGAACAUAUUUAUACCAAAUGCGACAAACAGAAAACAUCAUUACUCAAGGUGGAUAAUUGUGUAGAUGUUGUCAGUCAAUGCCCGGAGAAAUUUGCACAAAGUCUUCUUUUGUUUGUCAAAGGGCUAGGAUUUCUGACUUCAUUACAGCUGCCAGGAAUCACACAUGGAGGUAAGGAAAAAUUUAACAAUGAUUGUUAUAUGAUAUUUAUUGUAAAAAUCUCUGAUCUUUAUUAUAUCAAAGGCGAUACACCGCCUAGCAAAUCAAGCCUAGCUGCCAUUGGAAGACGUCGCACACUUUCCAUGGAAGAAUAUGAUAUACCUCGAAUGAGACGUCUAUCAUUGACCAAAGAUUCACGAUAAAAAUCAAAUGAAAUACAGCAUCC